AUGGGCUGCGUAUCCAGCAAGAGAAAAACUGGUUCGAGUUCGGUCAUGUUCAAAGUUACAAACAUCGAUUACAAAGGUAACGAAAUAAAUCAUGGUCAAAUUGAAAUCACUGACAGUGAAUUGGUAAUGCAUUAUGCAAGUAAAAAAUCAGACAUUACAUGUCCACUGAGCACAAUCCGACGCUACGGAUAUGAAGAUUUCAUGUUCUGUUUCGAAGCUGGACGCUCGUCUCCCUAUGGCCAAGGAAUAUUUGCAUUUAGAAGCAAAGAUGCAGAAAAUAUUUUCAAUUCUAUCAAAGCAAAAUUGCAGAUUUUAAACAAUACAAAUAUGGCUAAAGAUAUGUCUUCUGAAGUACAUUAUUAUUCUGGCCAACCAUGCACAAGCAACGAUAUACUUGAAGAGGUUUAUGAUGAAGUUAGAUUUAGUGGAAUAAAAAGCUACAAUGAACCGAAUAAGAAUGAGGAAUCUCCCUACCUCGAGUUAAAUCCUGAGUAUCUGUGCAGUGCUUCGUAUGAAAAUAUGCUGAGCCCCAACCAAAAUGAUGGGAUAAUGUAUGAUGAUAAUAUUUAUGUGAUUCCUAAAGAAGAAGUUACAUAUACUGAAGUUGAAAUUGCUGCUUGUAAGACUAAAAAAAAGAAGGCAUUGCCAGUUCCCCCAAAAAAAGAAAUAACAGAGUAUACAGUUAUUGAUUUUGAACGUACAAAAAAUUUGUUCCGAAGUACUCCUAGUGUUUCCUACAAAAAAACUAGACAUGAUUUUGGAGCAGUUACUCCUUAA